AAGAGCAUCUUCCAUCAUGGCGGUGGUAUUCAAGGGAUUCCCAUUCAACCUGCCGUUUGCAUCCAUAUUGCUGAUUCUGCUGCUAUGUCUUCAGUCUGGAGGAGGUCAGAAGAAAAAAGAGGAUUCGUACCCGAGAUCUUCGCAUCGCAAGUACUAGCUGAGCUACUGAGCAAGCUUAUUACGUUAGUAAAACUGAAUAUAUGGAGCUAGAACAUGCUGGCAGAGAAGGUGGAGCAGAUGAUGGAGUGGAGUUCCCGCCGUUCCGUGAUCCGUAUGAACGGGGAUAAGUUCCGGCGGUUCGUCAAAGCUCCACCCCGGAACUAUUCCGUUAUUGUGAUGUUCACCGCACUACAACCCCAGAGACAAUGUUCUGUCUGCAGGCAAGCUAAUGAGGAAUAUCAGGUGCUGGCUAACUCCUGGCGAUACUCUUCGGCCUUCUCCAACAAACUGUUCUUUACGGUUGUGGAUUAUGAUGAGGGCGCAGACGUCUUUCAACAGCUGAACAUGAAUUCUGCCCCCACCUUCAUGCAUUUCCCAGCCAAAGGGAAGCCGAAGAGGGCAGACACCUUUGACCUUCAGCGGAUUGGCUUUGCCUCUGAGCAGCUGGCCAAGUGGAUCGCAGACCGUACUGAUGUGCAGAUUCGGGUGUUCCGGCCACCCAACUACUCGGGUACGAUCGCUCUAGCUCUGCUGGUGUCUCUGGUCGGUGGGCUUCUCUACCUGCGCAGAAACAACUUGGAGUUCAUCUACAACAAGACUGGCUGGGCCAUGGCCGCACUGUGUGUGGUGUUUGCCAUGACCUCAGGUCAGAUGUGGAAUCAUAUUCGUGGUCCUCCGUAUGCCCACAAGAACCCUCAAAAUGGUCAAGUGAGUUAUAUCCAUGGCAGCAGUCAAGCUCAAUUUGUGGCUGAAUCUCACAUUAUUCUUCUGUUGAAUGCCGCCAUCACCAUGGGAAUGGUCCUUCUGAAUGAAGCAGCCACCUCUAAGGGAGACGUGGGCAAACGAAGGAUUAUCUGUCUUGUUGGACUUGGUUUAGUGGUGUUCUUCUUUAGCUUCCUACUAUCCAUCUUCAGAUCAAAAUAUCAUGGUUAUCCUUACAGCUUCCUGAUUAAAUAAGAUCAUGCCGUAAAAGAAAAAGCUGCCGAACUUCAGAUUCAACUGCUGUUUGACUGUAACGCACUACAUGUGUGACCUAAGAUAAAUAAACUGAACUAUUACCCA